AUGCCGCCCCGUCGGCGGAAGCCACCUCGCGCAGGCGCCCUGACUGAACUGCCUCCUCUGAAAAUCAUCCGCUCUAUCCUGCUCCUACAACUCUUUUACUACGUGGCUGCCUUUGUCCUGAUCUUAUUCACCACUCUUGUUCUCGGUCAGAGUUUCUCCUUGGCCUUGAUUUUCGAUUGGAACAGUGUUCGAGGCGACAAUACCAUCGGCUGGACUGUCGGUUUCCUCUGGGUCAUUGUUGGAUUCAUAACUGUGAUUCCCAUCCUUCUUCUCGUCUCCCGCUCCAAACUGGUGCCGGACUUUGCCCUGACCAUUCAUUUUAUCCACCUCGUCAUUGUCUCCUUCUAUACGAGAUCCAUCCCAACAAAUCUCUUGUGGUGGGCCCUCGAGGCUGCAAGUGCCACACUCAUGGUCAGCUUGGGUGUCUGGGCAUGUAGAUACCGGGAACUGCAACCCAUAUCCUUCGGCACUACCCCUGGCAAGAAGACCACUGCGAACGGCUCGGCCGAAGGAAAUGACCCGCAUGUACGCGAUGGACAGGGCGGCCGAAAUGUCGAUGCUGGUCCAAGUUACGAAAUGGUCAAUGUGAACCGAGGGGAUCAGAAUGUGUGA